CCACCCCCUCAUUCAGAUGGCAUUUUCCACCCCUUUUCUCUCCCAAUGUCCACCUCGCCACCACCUCCUCCUCCGCCGCCGCUAACCGUCUCCAAAAAUCUCACCUCGAUCGGCCUCGGCUACGCCAUCUCCAUCGCCCUCGGCUUCCUCGUCUUCUUCUCCACCGUGCUCCUCGCCUCCUACAUCUGCUACCGAUCCCUCUCCCGCCGCCGCCGCCGCCGCCAAUUCGGAAACCCCAACCCUCAGAAUUCGGCCGAGAACAGCAUCUAUUUGCCGCGCAUCAUCUUCGUCGCCGAGGACGACGACGGCGGGGAGCAGAACGCGGUGGUAGGGCUGGAGCAGGCGGUAAUCAACUCGUAUCCGAAGCUGGUGUUCACGAAGCGGAGCGGAAAUUGGGAGAACGACGCCGUUUGCGCGAUCUGCCUGUGUGAGUAUAGGGAGGGGGAGAUGAUGAGGAUGCUGCCUGAUUGCAAGCACUGCUUCCACGUGAUGUGCGUCGACGCGUGGCUCAAGCUCAACGCCUCCUGCCCUGUCUGCCGGAAUUCGCCGCUGCCGACGCCGCUCUCCACUCCGCUGCAGGAGGUGGUGCCGCUCUCUCUAUACGCCGAUGGCCGGAGACGGUGACAGAGUGAUUGGAUCUUCACGAUUUGUUUUUUGGGGGGUCGAAAUGUAUUUUCUCGAUUUUUUAGGGGGAAGAAUGUAAGAUUUCGAAAUUAUUUAUGUCAAAUUAAUUACCACCAAAUUCUCGAUGAUUAAUAUUUUACUCCA